AUGGCUUUUCUCUUCAAAUCCAAGAAGCACCCGGAGAAGGCGCCUGCUAGUCGCGAGGCCGGCUCUGGCUCACAAGGAUCGAUCCAAAGCGCCAGCGCCCGCGUCGCCGAAAAGAAUGCCGUCCAGCACCGCGCAACCCCCACCGGGAGCUUACACUCUCUCGAAAAUGAAGGCAGCAAUGGAAGCCCAGAUCAUGGGCCUGGGCAUGGACAUGGACGCCGUGGCGGAAGCGCUGAUCAGCCCGUACAAACCGGAGAAGUGCCACGCAACGGCCCUCCAGCAAACGGUCCUAACGCGUCCCUGUAUCCCUGGUCGCAACGGCGAUUGACCUACACCUCAACACAUCCUCCCCCAUUCCCUCGAUAUGGCGCUGCCGUGAACUCAGUAUCUUCCAAGGAAGGCGACGUCUAUAUGAUGGGCGGUUUGAUUAACGGAUCAACUGUUAAGGGAGACCUCUGGAUGAUUGAGGCCGGAGGCAACAUGGCCUGUUACCCCCUGCCAACGACGGCAGAGGGACCCGGGCCUAGAGUCGGUCAUUCGAGUCUGCUUGUUGGCAAUGCUUUCAUUGUCUAUGGUGGUGACACCAAGAUCGACGAGUCUGAUGUUCUUGACGAAACUCUCUACCUUCUCAAUACCUCAACGAGACAAUGGUCCCGCGCUCUGCCGGCUGGGCAACGACCAUCGGGUCGAUAUGGACACUCACUUAAUAUACUCGGCUCCAAGAUUUUCAUCUUUGGUGGCCAAGUCGAGGGCUUCUUCAUGAAUGACCUUUCUGCAUUCGAUCUUAACCAGCUCCAGAUGUCAAAUAACCGCUGGGAGAUUUUGGUCAAGGGAGAGACAAGCCCCAAAAUGCCUGCCGCGCGAACCAACCACACCAUGAUUACGUUUAACGACAAGAUGUACCUAUUUGGCGGCACCAAUGGUUUCCAGUGGUUCAACGACGUAUGGUGUUACGACCCAGCCGUGAACAAAUGGUCUCAACUCGACUGCAUCGGUUAUAUCCCAGCACCUCGCGAAGGCCAUGCUGCUGCUCUCGUGGACGACGUCAUGUAUGUCUUCGGUGGACGAACGGAGGAAGGAACAGAUCUCGGCGAUCUCGCGGCGUUCAGGAUCUCGUCAAGACGGUGGUACACGUUCCAGAACAUGGGUCCAUCCCCUUCACCUCGCUCAGGACAUAGCAUGACGACUGUGGGCAAGUCGAUAGUGGUUCUCGGCGGAGAGCCAAGCUCAACAACUACGUCCGUGAGCGACUUGGGCCUGCUAUACGUCCUCGACACAUCGAAGAUUAGGUAUCCAAACGAUGCACAGCAGGCCGCGCAACAGGGCGCGCAGCAGCGAGUUCACGGAGCACGACGACCAAGUGCUGGCGAGGGAAACCGCCCGCAUGGCUCACGAGACGGGUCAAAUGGACCCGAUUCGAGAAAGAUGAUUGUGGGAGGGCCAUCUGCCCCCCCCAACGGUCAUCGAUCGCCCCCUAAUGCCGCCGACGGCCAUGGAUCUCAAGGGGGUCCUGUGAACUCCAAACUGCCCAGAGCUUCAGCUGUCCCUCCAUCAGGACCUCCUCCUCAGGGUCCUAUGCCCGCUCGACCCACGGUAGACACAUCUGCGGUUGCCCGGGUUCGGGGACAGUCUGCUGAGCGAGGUGGCAUGUCCGGCUCUCCUCGAAUGGGUCACACCGGAUCGCCGAUUACACGUGAAGUCAUCAACGAGACCGAUAGCCCUGCCUCCAAUGGUCGACGGACACCCACGCAACAGGCCGCUCGUGCUGGCUCAAGGCAGGAUCAUGUGAACGGAGAUGUGCCCAGGGCCAAACCGCCUUCUCAGCCAAGCCGAUUUGCAGGCUCAGGAGAUGGUUCAUCAGAGCCAUCGGCCAAGCCAACAGUAACGCCCCGUCCAGCCUCACCACCAGUUCCUACUCGACAACCAAGCAACCCGCUAUCCAGGCGAUCUUCUGGGAGGAACUCUCAGACUGUUGUCCUCCUCAAGGAAUUGGACUCGGCGCGAAACCGCAACGCUUGGUAUGCUUCAGAACUGGAACUCGCUCGUAAGGCUGGCUACGCUCCCAACACAUCCUACAGCCCUCUACUCGAGAACAAGGCGACCGAGACCUUUGACGACGAGGAUCGACCCUUGAUAGAGGCUCUGCUGGCCAUGAAAUCAGAGCUCGCAAAUGUGCAAAGCGCAGUGGACAAGCAAGCGGUCAUUGCUGCAAAGCAGAUUGCUGAAGCAGAGAAGCAGCGUGAUGCAGCUAUUCAGGAGGCUGUUUAUUCCAAGGCCAAGCUUGCAGCACACCUGGGUGGAAGCAACGCCAGUACACCUCAACUUGACGGGCCCAGAGAUGAUUCUGAGGCUAGGUCGAGCGAACUGAGCAGAAAACUCGCCUCUGCUCUGUAUCUUCACAAGGAACUUCAGUCUAGGCUCGAGUCAACAAAGAGCGACCUUGAUUCGGAGAAGAGAGCUCGCCAGCUGGCAGAUGACACCACAAACGCUGCACAGAAGCGUAUGGCCGAGCUCGAAAGCUACAAGCAGCAGACCUCCACUGAAGUCGAACGGCUGAAGGCUGAGCUGCAUCUCGCUCAGCACGAGGCGCGUGAACAAUCCGUCACAUGCGCCGAGGCUGUUGCUGUUGCGGAGCUCCUUCGAAUCGAGAAAAACGAUCUAGAAAGCAAGUAUGAGGAGGCCGUUGACAGCUCCAAGGAUCAAAACGAUGCCUUUGAUUCUCUGCGAGCCGCCAUCGCAGCUUCGGAAGAUUCAAAGGCUCUCAUAGAGUCGAAACUCACUGAGGAGCGCAGCCAGCGAGAGAAACUGGAGGCACAGCUCAACAAGCUCAAGUUUGAGCACGAAGCUCGAACAGCUGAACUCGUGGCUACGACUCAGCGGCUGCGCGAUGCCGAGGAGCUUUCUGAGAAGCAUGCUGCUGAGGCUCGAACCCAUCGCCAAGCUGUUCUGGCAGGACUGGACAAGAUCUCAGCACGUGACGCUCCUGCGGCCAGCAACGCUGAUGCUGAGCGCAUUGCGGCGCUUCAGGCGCAGGUUACUGCUUCCAACGAGUUGGUCAAGAAGUACCAGCAGGAGGCUGAUGCUGCAGCUGAUAGACUGCGUGGCGCCGAGGAGCGCAUUGCCGGCCUUGAGCAAUACCAGGAGCAGUCAAGCCGAGAAGGAGUCGGUAUCAGGAGGCAGCUACAGUCUGCUCUGAGAGAGACGCAAAGCCUCCAGGCAGCGAACUCGGAUCUAAAGAAUCAACUGGCUGCUCAGCAGCUCGAGACGAACGCCAUGACAGUCCAGCACAAUGCUCUCAAGGACAUCCUCAGCGAGCGAGGCAUCAGCCCUACUGCCUCUAUCCGUGCCCGAGGUCUCGCUAGCCCACGAACCAACUCUCCUGAUUUGACCCGUGUGCGAGAUCUGGAGGCUCAACUGGCGAACACCGCCGCCGCCCAUGAGGAGACAAAGCAAACCUUUGCAAUUCAAGUCCAGGAGUCUGAAGCAGCCUGGCGCGAGAAGCUCUCACAGCUCGAGAGUGAUUACCAGUCAGCUGUACACUAUGUUAAGGGCACAGAGAAGAUGCUCAAGCAACUCAAGGACUCGCUGUCUCGCUACAAGACCGAGAAUGGUCGUCUCAAGACGGAGAUUGAGGAGCUGGAGGAUCGUCUUCAGGCUGGAGGCUCCGGUUCCUCCCCCGAGUGGGAGAACGAGAAGGCAGCACUUGAGAACAAGAUCCGUCAUCUGGAGUCUGAACUACAAGAGGCGGGAGCUGAAAUAGAGAAGCGCCUCGCCAGUCUUCAAGGAGAGCUUCGGGAUAGCAACCAACAGCGAGAUGCAGCGGUGAAGAGCAACGCAGAGGCCACUCAGAAGCUCAACAGCCAUCGCAAGGACCUGGAGCAGCUGCAGUCGGAAAACUCUCUCCUUGAGCAGCGCGCAAACGAUGCCGAGCAGAAGGUGGCCCUCCUCCUCGACCAGGUUGAACACUCGGUCGACAACUACCGCCGACGUAGCCGACAAGUACCCAGCAUGAACUCGGAGAUGGCAGCCAGCCCCAACGGCAUCGGUAUGGGCCACUCCAGACAGGAAAGUUCAGAGGGCGAAAGCAUCUACGGGGGCACUGGCGGGAACGGCCUGGAAGCUAGAAACAGUGCAGCCCUGGACAGCCUCGCCAACGAGCUCGAGACGCUCCGAAGCCAGUGGGAGGCGACCAACAAAAACUAUCGACUAAGCACCAACUUUGAUUUCGAGUCGGCGACGAGUGCCAAGAAGGAUGACGACGGUACGACAGGCAUUGGCCUCAGCGAGAGCCUGGCCGACUGGCGAAAGAGGCUCGACACGGAAGAACACCACAGUGACGGAGAAAAGUCCCGUCACCCCUAA